CCUUGUACAGUAUCGAAGACAAAACCGGACGUCCAUUAUGUCCGCGCGUGUUGAUGACGAAAUAUAUGUCAAAUGUGGUUUCUACCUAGCUAACAUGCUUCUGUGGGGACUCUAAACUUGAAAUCAUGGCUUUGAAUCACCUGAACCUGCUGCGGCCGCUGUUGUGUCAGUCCCUGGUGCGACAGGUCAGGUGUCCCCUCGCGGCCACCUCCAGAGUCCGUCCACCGCUUCUGUACCCAGACACCACCUCCCUCCCCGCUGCAUGGCACGCCAGGCUCUAUGCCACCAAGAAGGCAAAAGCCAAGGCAAAGGGCCAGUCGGCUAAGGUGAAUAUUAAUUCAGCGCUGGUGGAAGACAUCAUCAGCCUGGAUGAAGUGGAGGCGGACAUGAGAGCUGUUCUCGACGCACUCAAAGAUGACUUUACACGCAACCUCAGCAUCCGAACCAUGCCAGGAGCUCUGGAUCACAUUGUGGUGACGACUCGAGAUGGGAAGUUUCCUCUCAACCAGCUGGGUCAGGUCUCCAUGAAAUCCCCUCAGGUCAUUAUGGUCAACAUGAGCAGCUUCCCAGAGGCCACAGCGGCUGCUGCCCGCGCCCUGAGCGAGAGUAGCAUGAACCUUAACCCAGAGGUGGAUGGGACGAUCAUCAAGGUGCCCGUUCCCAAAGUGACACGGGAAUACCGAGAGAACCUCACCAAGGUGGCCAAACAGUUAAGCAACAAGGCAAAAGACUCUCUGAGGAGAGUGCGAUCCAACGCUGUCACGCAGAUCAAAAAGGCGAAGGAAGGACACUCGGAGGACACCAUACGACUUGUAGAAAAACAGAUUCAGCAAUUGUCGGACAAAAUCUCAGCGGACAUUGACAAACAGCUUGCAGCCAAGACCAAGGAGCUGUUGGGGUGACUGUGACCAUUUCUUUUUUUUUUUUUUUUUCUGCUGUAUCAUUCGGGUGGAGCUGAACCUGCAGAUGGACACACCAAAACAGAAGCGACCUGUCAUUGUUAUCAUGUUAGUAAUAAACAGUGACUCAAUCAUGGUGAGGAGGUGGUUUGAAAGAGAACUGUUUUUCUGAUCCCUGCCCACAUCCCUGGCAAAGACCUUCUCCUCGCUGCCGGGUGAUAUCUUUCUUUAACCGUCAACGAGUAAGCAUAAACUGGCACGGAAGCAACAGCGACAGACUGCCAGUCACCUCCCUCCUCCGUUAUUACUCUUCCUGUCUUCAAACAAACACCAAACGAGGGACGAAUAGACUUUUAAUGGGAUUUGCGAGCCUCCUCCUAAUCAAACCCCUUGCCACAAGGGCCGCCUGUUUAUAUAAAACAAGCGCACCCGUCUGAAUGUAAACUGGCUGCGGGUUUGUCUUGGUGGCGAGAGCGAGCGAGAAAAAGGGAGGGAGAGUUUUGUUCCAGAGACGCAGGAUAUCAUUAGAGUGUUGCCAAACAUUUGUUUCGCAUUGAUUUCGAAGUCUGUUAAAAAAUGCACUUGAGAACAAAAAAAAAAAACGUUUAAUUUCUGCCCAUGUCUAGGAUUGAUAAUACAGCCGCUCUCUCAACAAUAAAGUCGGGAAAGCAACAUUAUUGAUGGACUCCAUUAAAGAAAAACACUGCUUUGUACAAUGUG